AUGCCCGUUGGAUGGAUAAUGGGGGUCCAAGACUGGAGGAGGGUCUGCAAACCCAACCCAGGGAGCUGCGGGGAGGAAAGAGCCCCCCUGAGCCAGGAAGGCGGCCAGAGAUCCAGCCGGAGCUCAGAGCUGGUGGAGAAGCCUCAUGGCAGGGAGAAGCCCCACAAGUGCUUGGAAUGUGGGAAGAGCUUCAGCUACAACUCCCGUCUGAAGGAACACGAGGUGAUCCACACUGGGGAACGGCCCUACAAGUGUGGGGACUAUGGGAAGAGCUUCAGUUGGAGCUCCAGCCUGUUCCAGCACCAGGUGAUCCACAGUGGGGAAAAGCCUUAUGAGUGCUUGGAGUGUGGGCAGAGCUUCAGCUGGAGCUCCAGUCUGACCAAGCACCAGAAGAUCCAUAGCAGGGAAUGCCCCUAUGAGUGCUUGGAGUGUGGGAAGAGCUUCAGUGAGAGGUCCUCCCUGAUGCACCACCAGAGAAUUCACACUGGAGAAUGGCCUUAUGAGUGCUUGGAAUGUGGGAAGAGCUUCAGCCACAGAUCCAGCCUGCACAGCCACCAGAAGGUCCAUACUGGGGAAUGGCCCUAUAAAUGCUUGAAAUGCGAGAAGAGCUUCAGCAAUAGCUUUUGUCUGAUUCGCCACCAGAUAAUUCACACAGGGGAACCGCUCUACACAUGUAGAAAAUGUCUGAAGAGCUUCAGUGACUACUCCAACCUCAUCAGCCACCAGCGCCUGCACUCUGAGGAAUGGCCCUACAAGUGUGAGCACUGUGGGAAGAGGUUCAAGCUCACAUCCUACCUCAGCCGCCACCAGAAGGUGCACUCCGGGGAGAAGCCCUAUGAGUGUCCCAAGUGUAGGAAGAGGUUUCGGAUCCAUGCCCAUCUCCUCCAACAUCAGCCAACACAUACAGAGGAGAGGCCCUUCCACUGCCCCAGCUGCGGGAAGGGCUUCAAACGCAACUCCCACCUCACCACCUACCAGCGCCUCCACACCAGGGAGAAGCCCUAUGAAUGUCCUGAGUGUGGGAAGAGCUUCUCCAGGAGCUCUCACUUGACCCAACACCAACGGAGGCACCAGUAAUGGAAGCCCCAGAAAUGCCCUGAGUGUGGGAAGAGCUUAGUGCGCUGCUCCAGGUCCAUCCCCCAUGGGAGGAUCCGUGCUGGAUGAUCUCCAGUGACCCCUGUUGGGAAGAGCCCUGGUGAUCCUUGGUCCUGGUGAGACACCUGGCUGGGGGUGCUCCACCUCUUCCUGCUUCCUCAUGGUCACCUGGAUGAAUGCAGGGGCAGAAACAUCCAUUGGGACACAGACUGAGAGUGGAAAUUGCAGACUGAUGUCCCCUUGAGAUCCAUGGGGAUGAAGAAAUCCCCCAGGAACCCGUAGAACAGUCCCCUGGAGAAGGGGGAUGCCUGAGAGGAGGCUGUAAUCCCGUGGAAGACCCAUGGGCAGACAGGUCCCCAGUGGAGCAGCCUGUCUUUGAAGGACUGACCCCGUGGCACAGUGACCCACACCUCAGCAGUUUUAGGAGGGCUGGUGCCCAUGGGAUAGACUCAGGGUGGAGAAGUUCCUGGAGAACUUUCCCGUGUGAGGGACUCCAGUAUGCAGCAGGGGAAUGAUUCCUUUCCCUGAGCAGAGGGAGAAACCACGGGGGAUGAACUGAGCAUGGCCCCAUUCCCUGUCUCCCUACACUGACGGAGUAGGAGGUAGAGCUGGAAGGAGAGAGGGAUGGGGGAAGGUGUUUUGAAGGGUUUUCUUUUACUUCUUAUUAUCCUGCUCUGAGUUUGGUAGCAAUAAAUUCAAUUCAUAUCUCCAAUUUUGAGCCUGUUUUGCCCAUGACAGUGUUUGAUGAGGGAUCUCUCCUGGUCCUUAUUUCAACUCCUGAACCCCUGGUUAAAUUUUAUCUCCUCUGUCCGGCCUUGGAGGGCAGUGGGAGAGUGGCUUUGGUGGGUGCCUGGCAUCAGGCCAGCGUCACCCCACUACAAUGGGACAUGCCUCGUGUGGCCUUGUGUUGCUGUUGCUUUUGGCUUCUUUAUGAUUUUAUCUUUUGCAUUAAAUGUUUGUGAAGUGCC